AUGGUUAGACCCAAGGUGGGUUUACCUGCAAUACAAGAGAAGAACCAGGAGCAUUUGAUUCGAGAGACAUGUGAGUCUGUAAUUCUAGGCACCCUGCACCCCCGAACAUCGAUCACCAUUGUACUGCAGGUUCUCAACGAUGCUGGUUCUUUACUUGCCUGCUGUCUUAAUGCUGCCUGCAUGGGUUUGAUGGAUGCAGGGAUCCCUAUGCACUCCCUUUUCUGUGGUGUCACAUGUGCACUGGAUGCUGAAGAUCAGUUAACCCUCGACCCCAGUUCUAAACAACAAAAGGAGAGCCGUGCGGUGUUAACCUUUGCGAUAGAGAGUACAGAGAAUAAGGUGUUAAUGGGUUUCCUCCCGAGGCAUGUAUUCACCCGCAGAGGUAAGGUUUUAAUUUUUUUUUUUUUUUUAUCUAGUUCUCCCUUUAUUACAAGGGCAGUUCAAGCUUCCCCCUCCUUCUAA